GCCCUGGGGUCGGGCAAGGCGGAUCUUCCUGUUGCGCCUGAGGCCAGACUUAGCUGUUGUCAGCCUCACCCUGGCGAGUGGCACAGCAGUCGGAGCGGGGCAAGCGGCGCUGUUUUCCUGUCAGGUCAGUCAGUGAAGGGGCGAAGUGACUGCGGUCGCUUCGGUCCUGUCGAUUGAGGAGCGCACGUCAGGAUAAGGUGUCAGGCGGUCCUUGCAUUGAAUGCUCCUGCGAUACGGUCGGUUGGCGAGGCGAUCUGGCCAAGGUUGCUUCACUGCGAAGCCUGCCCGAGCUGGGCCUCGGGCGAGUCGAGGGUGUGCCCAUUGCUUGAGGAGGCCCUCGGGCGAGGCGUGAAUCCGCCUAGGUCUACUGUUCCUGCCCGAGGCUGGGCUCGGGCGAGGCGAGAUCGUGUCCCUUGAGUGGACGGAGCCUUGACCUGAAUUGCGCCCAUCAGGCCUCUGCAGCUUGUGCUGAUGGUGAUUACCAGCCGAGUUUAGGAGUCUUGGGGGUACCCCCAAUUAUGGUCCCCGACAAAGAGCAUCUCCAAGAGUGCCCUAAACAGGUGCCUUAUAUUGAAUAUAGGACAAUAUUCGGAAAAAAUGGAGUCCAACAGUGUCUCAUUUUAAUUAAUUUUAUAAAAAAAUAAUAGGGCACAAUUCCUAGUGUCCCAGAUAUGAGGCCUUGAAACAGACUGUCCUUAAAUGGAUGUCAACCGAUUGAAGUUUCAUCUAUUCCUAGUGUCCCAGCCAUAAACAAAUCAGCGCUGCCAUCGUGACCUUCCCAUCCCCACCAGUGUUGUCGCCGCCCUGCCCCUCCCCCAACGCUGACUCCCUGCCUUGCAACCGGCACCGCCCCGCCCUGCCCCGCGAGUUCGCCGUCGCAGUAGCCGACUCCCUGCCCUGCCACCGACAUCGCCCCGCCAUGCCCGCGAGUUCGCCGUCGCAGUGGCUGACUCCCUGCCCUACCACCGGCUUCGCCCCGCCCUGCCCGCGAGUUCGCCGUCACAGUGGCCGACUUCCUGCCCUGCCACCGGCACCGCCCCACCCUACCCCGCAAGUUCGUCGUCGCAGUGGCCGACUCCCUGCCCUGCCACCGGCACCACCUCGCCCUGCCCGCGAGUUCGCCAUCGCAGUCGCCUGCAGAGCGCCGCGAGUUCCCUGUCUUUGCCUGCCCAGCGUCGCUGCACCUCCUCGUCGCCCCGUGAGUUCACCGUCGCAGUUGCAUCUUCUCCAUGCCUCCUCGGAUUCUAGCAUGAUGGACCGAAGGCCAGCGCAAAAAUCCCGUCGGUCUGCAUUGAAUGCCGCCAUAGGUACGAUUUCUGGAGGCUGGCAUCCAUCGUCACAAGAUAAUCGUCGCAGCCCCACGAACGACAGUCAUGCAACACAUGCAAAACCUGAAGCUUCGUCGGUAGCUGCAUCUGUGCAAAACCCUCUAGACAACAGCAUUGAUGCCUCGUGGAUGCUUCCUGAUUACAACAUACUACCCUCCCAAGAUAACUACUAUAGGAAUCUGAUGAACCAAGAUGAUACAGAUAAUUUAGGCUCGGAGGAUUACGUGCAAGUUGAUCCUCUUGUAGCUAAUAUGAAUUCCCAGACAAAACCAAAGGGCCUCUCAAAAAAUUUCACUGAUGAUGAGGACAUUCUACUGUUGUCAGCGUAUCUCAAUGUUAGCAAAGAUCCUAUUGCUGGAAGGGACCAAAAAGAUGGCAGAUUUUGGGAAAGAAUUGAAAAGUAUUAUCAUGUCAAUUUAACAUUUGAAUCGCUCUUCAUUGCAUCAUCGAUGGGGUAUAAUCCAAAAGAAAGUAAGUCUUUCCAAAGUUACUAUGAAGCCAUACAAAGGAAGAAUGAAAGUGGAAAGACAAUGAAUGACAAGAUUGCUGAUGCUAAAGCUAUGUUCCAAACCUUAAGAAAAAAGGCUUUUACUUUGUUUCAUGCUUGGAAUAUUCUUAGACACGAGCCAAAGUGGUCAUCAAUAAAGGACUCCACAAUGGCUACCAAGAAGCUAGAUCCUCACAACGGUAAUGAAGAUGAUGGACAUGACACCCCUAGACCACCAGGAAGGAAAGCCGAGAAAGAUAAAUUGCGAGCACGAAAGCGAGAGGACAAUGACAAUGAUGCAUUGAUGGAAGAACUAAAAAAAUUAGAGAGUCAAGAUUGGAGAUAGAAAAUGAUCGUAAUGCACGAGAAGACAAGUUAUUAGAGCCGGAGAGUAGUAAACUUGAUCUUGAGCGUGAACAACGUGACGACAAGGUGAUGAGAACCGACACAAGUACAAUGGAUGAUGAGUCGAAACAAUAUUUUAAGUUAGUGAAAGAGGAAAUUUUGGCGCGAUGUUUUGGGAGAAAGCAAGAUUGAGGGGUCAUGUUAUUAGAGUUGCUUUUAGUCAUACUGAACAGACUUGUAUUUUUUCUGUCUCUUCAAUAUAGUAUUUUUCCUGAAA